GUUUAGCAGUCCAGUAUAGAUCACGUGAGCUGGGAGGCGGGGCCGGGUGACGUGUGUGGGGGCGGGGCUGAGUCCUGCCGCCGCCGCUCUUACCUGUCCAGUGCGGGAGCGGCAGUGCACAUAGUAGUAGACCGGCUGCGGGACGGCGGGGAGCACACUGCCGCCACUGACUGCGGGACCAUGGGAGUGUGUGACGGCGAGAGCAGCGGAGCUGGCCGCCACUAGAUCCGGGAUCUCCUCUCUGCACAGGGACUCCCAGCACUUCUAUACAAAGCUCCGGGAUCUAGUGGAUCCCUCACCAUGGCUCUGUCCCAGAUCCAGUGCCUGGACAAUAACAAUGUCAACUGGAGAUCCAGCGAGAGCAAGCCCGAGUUCUACUACAGCGAGGAGCAGCGGCUGGCGCUGGAAGCCCUGGUCUCCUCCGGCCAGGACUCCUUCCAUGAAGUGGUCAAGAAGGAGAACAUCAGGGACUUCCUGUCCGAGCUGGAGCUGGCCAAGAUCCCCUCCAGGGUGGAAUCCUUUGACCCUGACUCUAGUCACCUCAGAAAAAGCGGGGACAAGUCUGAGCAGGAGGGAGAAGAGGACCCCCAAGAUGGGGCGGCACAUUCCUUGGAAUAUUGGCCGGAUAGGUCGGACUGCUCCAUCCCGGAGUUGGAUUUGGGGUGGCCGGAUGCGAUGGCCUACAGAGGAGUGACCCGGGCAACAGUAUACAUGCAGCCCCCCAUCGACGGCCAGCCUCAUAUUAAAGAGGUGGUCCGGAAGAUGAUCACACAAGCCCAAAGGGUCAUUGGUCUGGUCAUGGACCUCUUCACGGAUGUGGACAUAUUUAGGGAUCUGUUAGACGCGGGAUUCAAGAGGAGGAUCUCGGUGUACAUCAUCCUGAAUGAGUCAGACUUGAAGUAUUUCCUACAGAUGUGUGAGAAGGCUCAGAUGCACCGAGGUCACCUCAAGAACCUCAGGAUCCGUAUCGUCGGGGGAUGCGAGUUCUACACCAGAAUCUCAACCAGGUUCAGGGGCUCUUUGGGACAGAAGUUCAUGUUUGUGGAUGGAGACAAAGCUAUGUGUGGGUCUUACAGCUUCACCUGGUCAGCAGCGAGGAUUGACCGAAAUCUAAUUACAGUGCUUACUGGCCAAGUCGUGGAGACCUUUGACCGUCAGUUCCAGGAACUUUAUCUCCUGUCCAGGGGAGUCAGUCUGAAAAAUGUUCCAAUGGAUAACGAACCAGAACCAGAGCCAGUGUUUCAGCCGGUUUCCCUGCCCGCAGGACCCUCGGAAUCCAUUGCUAAGAAGAUGAUUAACCCCAAAUAUGCCCUGGUGACUGUCAAGAGUUCCAGUGAAACUGGCAAAGAUUCCAAGAAAGGACCUGAAAUUGCGAAGAAGAUUCCCACCAAAACACGAGUACCUACAUUUGAGCACCUGAUGAGGGAGUCCCAGAUCCAUCCCGCUCUACAAGACAUGGAAAGAGCUGACAUGUUUGAGUAUUUACCCACAUGGGUGGAACCAGACCCAGAGCCCGGUAGUGAUAUCUUAGGGUACAUUAAUAUUAUUGACCCCAGCAUCAAGAAUGCACAGCCAUCUCAGAUGAACAGAAUCAAGAUUUGUGAUACGUCUCAAGCAACAGCCGAGUACUUAAAACAGGCCAGGGAGAAUGAGAUGAUGAAGCAACAACAACAGGAGAGUUCAUCUUCUACCAAGAACGCCGCCAGGCAGCCUGACCACUCUCGAGAAUGUGGUCAGAACCAGAGCACAACAGACAGAGGGUCUAGCAAUGGUCAACUUUCUAGACAGGCUAGCCAAGAGCAUGGAUCGAAAGCAAUCUGUACAAAGAGUCCAGCGUCAAGGCAGGAUAGCCAAGAUGGAUCUCUUGCAAGUAAAGCGCCAAGGGAGGAAUCAUCUGUGGAAGUUGACAAGAUAAAGAAGCAUGACAAUAAAGAAACUGCCACCUCUGAGGUUCAGGAGAUACCUUCACCACAAAGGUCUCCAGAAGGCAUUGCAACAUUAGCUGAACGUAAUCACCUUGUGCACAGGGGCACAGGACCGGCCCCAACAGGUGGCAAGCCGCCUCCUGUGCCAAAGCCUAGAACCAUGCAAGUCACAGACUUCAUUAGCAUGAAGAACUCAUUAAAUACCAAAUCUCUCAAAGCCAGCACGUCGGUGGAGGAAAACACUGUGCCCUCCGUCAAUGGGAUGGAUGCCGAAGGAAGAGAAGCGGAAGAGAUCGACAUCCUGAUUGAAAAUGGACCUAAUGAUAACGAUCAAAUCGAAGAUGACGGUAGUAUGUUUAGGCCGUGUCCAGGAGAAUAUUCAUCUAGUGGCUCUGGUUCUCUACCUCCAUCCAACGCCUCCUCAAUGUCUGAGGAAUACUACCCAUCUGCAUCCUUGCACAGGAGGAGUUCUGAACGUUUCUCCAACGGAGAGCGCCCUCCACCUCAUAGGAAGCUUAGCGAUGGCCACAUCAGCAGAGGAAGCUUUUUGAGUCCCCUCAGCAUCUCUCACACCUUGAUGGAAAUGAAUCCUUCAGAAAAUGGGAAGAGAAGGACCAUGCUGGAGGACUAUGUUCUAUCCGGUAACCCUUUACAACGGAACGAGCGGAUUUAUGCUUUGGACCCUUCUCAGGGGAUGUCACAUUUCCAUUACAGUACAAACAGCCCCUCUGGAGGAUUCGACAGGUUCCACUCCCGUCCUGGCACGUCCAGGAACGUAGGCAAGGACAGGGCCAGGAACGAGAGUUUCGAAGGUGCCGGAGCGUACCGUCAGAUCGGCAGGAAGUCUGACAGCCCGGGGGCGAGAACGGGAUACUGGAGCAGCAAGGACUACGGAGCCAACUAUACCAGCCCCCUUUCCCAGAGUCCCAUACAAUCCGACACCGUGACCACGCCGUUCGGGAUUCCGUACUCUAAGCUGUCCGAAGCGAAACACCUGAAGAACAAGAUGGCAGCGGGCAACCUGGACUCUAGGAGGAGAGGGCACGGUCCCCCUGGACACAAGGACCUCUGAGUAAGCUGCUGAGCGGAGUGGCGUCUCUCUACCGUGGUCCUGUGUGGGCUCAGGUCCAUACGGGCAUACACUGCAGACUGUGCUCGAUGCCCAGUGCUGUGGUGUAGUAUGGUUCCCUGCUGCUGGAAUAGGCCACCGGUGUGCUGCUCGGCCUGACCGCCGCGGAGGGGCUUGGUGAGGCUGGCAGGCAUUUAUUUUGGGGGUGUUGAACUGUCUUUAGGAUGCCCAUUGCUGCUGAGGCUGUAGGGUCUGCGUUCGCUGCACUUGUGCUGUUUACAUUCCUAUUUCUGGUCUUUUUUAUUUUAUUUUUCAAUGGAGGUGCUCUACAGGUACAUGAUAUUAUAGGGUUAACUCUGCCCGCGUGGGUCUAGUCACCCAUAGUGGACCAAAACCUGUUGCUACCAGGUAAACAUGCGGCAGCCAUUUGUUGACAGAGUUUAAUAAGAAAGUGAUUUAAAGGGAUGUUCUGCCCCUUUCAGAGCAUCAUGGUUUGAAAUGGAGGUGCAACCGAAGUUGCACAGCUGAAGGCAGCCAUAUUGGUGGGGGAAACCCCAUAGAUCUGUGAUGGCUAACCUCUGGAACUCCAGCUGUGGUUAAACUACAACUCCCAAGAUGCACACUGUUCUCAGAACUCCAUAGAAAUGAAUGGAGCAUGCUGGGAGUCGUAGUUUCACCACAGUUGGAGUGCCGGUGGUUAUCCAUACACUAGAGCCAUAGUCAUACACCCUAUCAGGGUGUUAAUAGAGGGGGGUCCUCUGUGUGUAGAGUGGUUAUAAAGAGCGCCUCUCUGGAGGACCUGUCCAGACAACCGAGUGAUAUGAAUGGACACUGUGUAAUACUUAAUUUCUCCUGUGGAGGCGCUGCAGGGAAACGGAACGAUUCCUGCCAGGUUUCUCCACAGAUCACGGCUGAUUGCUGGGGGAGGUCCCGGCAAAAAUAAACUUUGCAAUCAGCUUCUUGUCAAGUAGGGAUUGUCCAAAGAAGCAGAGAACCCCUUUAAGCCAUGUUCACUGAGUGUUUUACCAAUUUACAUCUCAUUAAGCCCUAUAUCUGUUUCCGUCCCUUAAAGGGGUUGUCUCCUCACGGGCAACCCCUUUUAAUAUGUGAACUGCCAAGAGUAAGACCCACUGGCUAAAUUGGCCAGCUUCAUGGUUUUCCUACAGCGGCCACUAGUGGUGACAUUUUAGUAUUACAAGAUUAUCCAGGAAAUGCAUGGACUGCUUCGGUCUGUCAGAAUGAGGACCCCUGAUUGCUAGUAGCCGCCAUCUUUGUGAUGUCCAUAUUUUUGGGGGGGCAUAUAGAGGAAAAUGGGAACAUAAAAUCUGCUGCUAUCACCAUUAGGAGGCUGGAUUAGAGGAAUUAUACUGUAUAUACAUGGGUUUUGGCUCCUUGAAGGGGCUUAUGUUUCUCUCUACUCUGUGGAUGUCAUGCUAAUGAUUCUGGUGACUGCAGGCUGACAAAAUGGCCGCCUCCGCUGUAUGUAGGUUUAUGCCAAUCGAGGGUGGUCACUGCGAGUGUGAGCAUUUUCUGACGGCGGCGGUCAUUCCUCCAUUUUAGAGAUGCGAGUUCUCUGAGAGGGCACAGUGACCAUCUAAAAUGGCGACUGGCUGAGGUUUCCUCUUCUCUCCACCGGGUUAUUUUCUGGUUUACUUGGCUGUAUGUAUGUGAAUAUGUAACUUUAUGUAUAUAUGUGUGUAUGUAUGUAUAUAGCAGACCGGGGUGUGAGGACAAUUGCAAAUUACAGGGUACAAAACUGACAUGAGCCCCCAUCGACCACUGUGGUAUUUCGCUGUAUUGGGCAGCAUUUUCAGGCAUGGCCUGUCCUCGCGUUU